AUGAAUCUACUUUCUCAGAUGUACGCAUCGAGGCAGGACGGCGGCGGCUCUCAGUACGGGCCUGGUUACAGCACGAGCCCUCGAGCUCAGUACCUGCAGGGAUAUGUGCCGUCUCCUCGCACAGUAGCUGUCGUGACUACAAGCGAUCCCUCGCAGUUCUCUCCUCUACUCGUCCCUGUCAGUGUGCUGCCGACCGCAUCCCUGCAGAACUACAGCUCUCCUCACCUGCAAACUUCUCCGAGGAAGUACAUGAGCGAGGAUCGCCUCUACGUCACUGGGACAAGCAACUACAACAGUCAGAGCAUGAACGUCAUGAGCUCCUCGCAACAACCUUCACACUAUGCCAGCUAUCUCCCGAGAGACCAUGAAAGCCAUCGGCAGCCUCUCUACCCAGGCCCCAGCCCGAGCAACGGGAACCCCUACGAGUCGGAGCACUACGACACGCACACGAGCUACCUCAACAAGUGGGGGAUGCGAAAUCUGUCUCCUCGAUCAUCAAGGAGCUCCUUGACAAGAGCCGGGGAUGCUGCGAGCGAAAAGUAUGUGGAAGUUCCCGUGGAGAAGAUCGUGCUGCAAGACAGGGAGGUGCCGGUGGAUAGGAUAGUACAGAAAGAGGUGAUCAAGGAGAUCCCUGUAGACCGCCCUAUAGACAGGUUCAAGACCAUCACCGUCGAGAAGGUUGUUCGGAAUGAAGUCCCAGUGUUUGUCGACAAGAUUGUCAAGGAGGAAGUUCAAGUCCCCGUUGAGAAGGUAGUGGCCGGGGCCAGCGAGAACGGAUUCUUCCGAGAGGUCGAGAAGGUUCGAAUCCAAGAAAAGUUCAUUGAAAUUCCAGUAGAGAAACUUGUAGAGAAGGAGAUAGCGGUUCCUGUGGACAAGAUCGUCGAGAAAGUCGUCGAGAUCCCAGUAGAGCGUGUGGUCGUCAAGGAGGUGCCAGUGGAGGUUGAAAAAGUUGUCAUCAAGGAAGUUCCGAUUCCGAUGGAAAUUUUGGAGGAGGACGAGGACGGGCUCAGCUUGCGCACCUCCAACGGCUACCAUCCUUCCAAAGCGUCGACAGAGAGUGAGGAGGCCAACCAGCCUCCGAAGGCUGACCAGCAUGUCGUGAGCCUGCUCCCCAAGGAGAGAUGUGCUGACAGCUGUUUGAUGGUUGGCAAUGGAGACGCUCGCAAUCCUCAACAUGUGUACACUGAGAACUGCGUGCUGAAGACACAAAUAGCAAGACUUGAAAGUCAGCUUUCAAGAUUUCAGUUGGCAACUUCGAUACCUCUCUUGUAUUGCGAUGUUGUAGACAACGACGUCGCGCUUCUGACCUGGAACGCGAUCGCGACUGCGACGACCUACAGGUUGCAGAUGCUGCCCCUCCUCGAUGUCAACCCCUUGAGGGACGAAGACUUCCAUACCCUCUACGUCGGCCCCCACUGCGCGUUCCGCUUCCCGGACCUCCAGGGAGGGUUUCGGUACUACUUCAGGGUGAGAGCCGAGAACGAGUGCGUCCACACGGCCUGGAGCCUCAUGUGCAACAAGCUGCUUCCUCGAGAUCCAAAGAACAUAUCGCAGGGAUCAUGCUGA